UCUAUAUAAUGGAUUUUAUUAUAUUACAUCGUGUUUAUGUUAUUAUGUACAGAAUGUAUUAUUUGUAUUCGUUUUACGAAUUUUGUCAUGUUAACGUAUUUUUUGAAAUUAUCUUCUUAAACCAAUAAUUUUUAACAUGCGUUUUCCUGGAGAUUACGCUUGAUUUUGAUGCAAUAAAAAUGCAUCAGCCGAGAUUAUAGCGUUCUGCUUAUCUACAAGCUUUCUAUCAUACAUUACACUAUUAUUUUUAUUUUAUAGCAACUGUUGAUAGAGCAGUAUUAAUAAAAAAAUGAUGUAUGCAUGUGUAACCAGUAUUACACGCCAUAAUCAUAUGCGUGUAACAAAAUACAUAUUUUUCGUGAGAUAUUAUUGAUAUCAUCAAAACUGUAUCGAUGUGUAUUAACUGUCAACAAUGAACAUAAUCUACUGAUAUCUAAUGAAAGAUAACAUUGUCUUGUAAUUUUGAUAAUUUUACGAUUUUAAGACGUUUUUGAUUAUUUUACCACGAUGUUUUACAAAAAUAGGUUUUUAUGAGUACUAAGUUUGACUCGUAUCCAUUUUAAAUAAAUUAAAUAGUCAAUGCCAAUCCUUGAAAAGUCGAAUGUCAAGUUUGAUACUCUCGACGACAUUCAACACCCUACAAAUCUUUCUGUUUAACUUUGUACUUACGAUGAGAUCGUCGCGAUGAGAUUGUUGUGAUGAGAUUGUCCUGAUAUAUAAAAGUCGCAAAUCGAUGCUUCUAUAUAAAAGCUUCCGAAGCAUCUAAUAUUAUCAGUUGCAUUUGCGUAGUGACACAAAUUACAUUUAAAAAAUCCACAAUGGCUCGCCUAGUUGCCCUGCUCGUUCUUAUCGUUGCAGUCUACACCGUCUACGGCUUUGCUCUGAAACCUCAAUGCGGUCCUAAUGAGGAAUGGAGUAUUUGCGCAAAACCCGAAAUUUGCGAAGAGAAGUGCGGUCAAGAAACGCCGUUGUUAUGUCCUCUAGUUUGCGUUGAACGUUGUCAGUGCCUACAAGGGUAUAAGAGAAAUUUAAUAAACCUUUGUGUUCUCUCGCCAGAAUGUUAACAAAACGAUGAAUUUUUCUCGAAAACGACGACAACACACAGCCGAAUCUUUUGGAAGGGAAACUUGUUUCGGCAAUUGUUUUAAUUUACAUUCUUAGAAUUUAUUAUAUAUAAUUAUUAUUCACAUAUCUCUAUGCUUUAUU